AUGGUUCUUAAAGUCACCCCCCAAUUGCGACCCAUACCGUCGUUCUUGUUGCCCUUCACCCAGUCAAAGCCAACAAGAGGGCAGAUUAGACCACUCCAUCAGCGCAUGAAAGCAAAACCGAUCCCAAAGACCACGCCCUUCGUCCCAAAUGUGGAGACUUUCCUCAAACUCAUUGGCCGCAACCUCAGUCAACACGCCUCGAAGAUACCAUCAUGGAAGGCUUUAUUCUCCCUCACCUCAUCACAACUCAAAGAGCUUGGUGUUGAACCUCCGAGGAGUCGACGCUAUUUAUUGCGAUGGUGCGAGAAGUACAGGAAUGGGCAUCACGGCAUCGGAGGAGAUUUGAAGCACGUCAAGAAAGGAGUAGCAGAAGUUCGCAUCGCCGAGUUUCCGGUUGGAAACCAGAGCGAUGCAUUAUUUCCGGCAAUGCACAAGGUCAUCGUCAAUGUGGCUGCAGGAGGCAGUGCCCCCGAGUCCUUAGAAGACGUUGUACCGGUGAAGGGCUUGAAGAUACGGGGUGCACACACAAUUGCAGGACCCCACGUCGUACCCCUGAAGGGCGGCAAGACGGCGAAGAUUGAAGUGAAGGAAGGCCUUUGGGAGGAGCGCAGAGGACACAAGAUUGAAGGAGGAGAAAGACGGCAAGCGGAAGUUCGGGCCAAGAAGAGAGGAGAGGAGAAGCGUGCCCGGUAA